GAGCCGGACCUGUCGAUGGAGCUCAUGGGGCAGCUCCGGGUGCACUUUUCGGCCCUAGAAGCGGACUUCUUCAAGGAGGUGCGGAGUGGCCACGACGAACAGCAGGUCCGGUUCAAGUAUGCCGACGCGGCAGCGGCCGAAAUUGUCCCGCAGCUGGAAGACUGGACGGAUCACCUUUCUGGGAGAUCGACGGUUUGGCCCUGUCCAGGUGCAGCAGAUUUUUCAACCAACGGCUGGACCUGCAACGCCUGGUUGUCUGCAUGCUGCAGAGCUUCAAUCCCGACAUCUCAGAGGCCGAAGAGCUGGGCCGCGAAGGGUUGCGCACAGCAUUAUCCAUACGGAGUCAGUGGUUGGCCAUUUGCAUCAGCCAAUGCUGACGGCCGUCGAGUCUACCCAGGUUAG